AUGACCACAUCUCGAUGUCCCCCCAGCCAAACUACUGAUGAAACGUGGACAUUUUCGUUGUGUCUAUUUGUUUAUGGAGGGGCGGAUGCCUUGGUGUGCCUGUGGAGGUCAGAGGACUUGCAGAGUCAGUCAGUACUCCUUUCCUACCAUGCAGUAAGACCGCGGGCCCACAGGCGCCGGAAUGCCGGCCCCCACGGCCCCCACGGCCAGGGCACCCUGCUCACACUGAACCGGGCCGCCACUACCCCCAGGCUGGGUCACCCGGGUCUCCAGGACAGCGCGGAGGAAACCCGCCUUCUCGCCCGGAGGCAGCGGCGCGGCGCGCGAAGCCAGGCCCCGCCCCCGGUCCACCUCUUCCGCUCGGCGCUGAGGAGUCUGCGCGGCCGGGGGAUUCGUCCCGACGCGGCCACGUUUCCCUGUGAGCCACCCCGCGGCGCCCGGGUCCCGACACCACUCCGCUCGGCUCCCUGUCGGGCUGUGGGGCCCAGGCCUUCCCUCGCUGUCGGCGGGGCGCGGCUGUGCGGGGAUUGGUGCGGCCGCCCGCCCGAGAGCUCCGCACGCGUCUGGGAUCCCGGCCUCGGAGGCCCCGCCCCGCUCCGGAGCUGA